GUUGCUUUGUGUCAACGUCCACGGCCACAGCCAAUGGCAAAGCGAGGCGACACGGCACGGCACGGCCCGCCCUCUCAUUUGGAUCGAGCGCGGUGGGGGGGGCUUGACCUCACUAGUCUAGCCAAGCCAGCAAGCAGGAGCCAUGACUAGAGGCAGCAGCAGCGCUCCCUCGCUCGCUGGCUGGCUGGCUGACGGGCUGGCAUCCUCUGCACGCCAUCGCCCAUCGCGGUCGCAACGAGGGAGCUCGGCGAGCGAUAGCGCCUCUGUGACGCCGUCCGGGUGCGCCCUGGAUCUCACUCUGAGUGAUGAGCCAGGCAGCCAGCCCUCUUUCUCGGGCCGAGCUAGGCUCAGCUCGACGUGCUCUCCUCUCGUGCCCGGCGUGGCAAGUCCAACACCUGCACGGUGCGCCCGCCCUAGCCUGUCAAGACAAAGAGGCCGGGCGGACAGACAGACACCCAGGAGCGAGCGAAGACAACGAGAUACGGUUGGUUGCUACUUACGUUUCGAGCUAUGCUAGUGGGAAAAGAGGUGGGAACGAAGAGUGAUGGUGGUAACGAAGAAGAGAUAGAGAAGGGGGGGCAGGGAACAAAGGAGACGCUUGGUUGGCUCUGGUUGCGCAGGCAAAAUGUGACGAUAAAGUGACCUCUUUCCCUGCCUGGGCGAAAAAUUAGGGGUCGGCCAAGGGCGCAGCAGCAGGCGCAGGCGCAGGCGCAAGGGAGC